AUGCCUUCAAACAUGAAAGAUGAGGGCAGCCGCCUGUGGACGCUGAAUACUCGUGGCUGGAAUCACGUGCACCCCUCGGCAGAGCAGGUUGCGUAUGCCGGCUUUUACUUCCCGGACAACACCCAGACCCUGCGAUGCCCGUAUUGCAGUGUGGUCAUCUGCCGCAACGAUUACUCGGAGGGAUUUGACCCUGUCAAGCUUCACCACUGGAAGAGCGAAGACUGCCGUCACAUCAUUGCGGUUAGGAAUUACCAGGAAGCAGAGGCUGCCAAGGUUAAAGCCAGGGCUAAGUCCAAGGACAAGAAAAACAAGGCUUAG